GAGGUCAUAUUGUUCCGGUCGGGCGACACAAUGAAACUAUUCCUGGUAGUGUUGUGCGGCGUGGCGGCGCUGAGCGCGCGGGCGGCGGCCGAGGAGCCCAUCCUGCAGUACUACCACGACAGCGCGGGAGUGGCGCUGGCCGAGCUCAUCCGCCAGUCUGAGGAGGCGGCCGACUUCGACGGCUCGCGCAUCGCCGGCGGCUCCCUAGCCAACCUCGGCGCAUACCCCUACCUGGGCGGGCUCGUGGUGACGCUGAACGACGGCCGUACUUCCGUGUGCGGCUCCACUAUGUUGACGAACACGCGCUUCGUAACGGCGGCGCACUGCUGGUUCGACGGGCGUAACAAUGCUCGCCAAGUCACCGUCGUUGUAGGCUCCGCGACCCUAUUCUCCGGCGGCACCCGCGUUAACACCAACAACGUGCAGAUCCACGGAAGCUACAACUCCGCCACCCUGCACAACGACGUCGCCAUCAUCGCCACCUGGCACAUCGGCUACAGCAAUAACAUUCGCAACAUCGGACUGGCGUCGGGCACCAACCAGUUCGCCGGCACGUGGGCUUGGGCCGCUGGCUUCGGCAGGACAGGAAACAACGCAGUGAUCGGCAACAACCAGAGGUUGUCGCACGUGCAGGUGCAGGUGAUCACGAACGCGGUGUGUGCGCAGACGUACGGCCCCAAUGCUAUCAUCGCCUCCACGCUGUGUACCAGUGGCGCCGGCGGCCGCGGCGUCUGCCCCGGCGACUCUGGAGGCCCGCUCGUCGCCAACAACCAGCUCAUCGGAGUGAUCUCAUUCACGGCGCAGCGCGGGUGCCAGGCGGGCAUGCCUUCCGGCUACGCACGGGUUACCUCCUUCCGCUCUUGGAUUGUCAGCCGCAUAUAAACAUCCCGCAUUCCACGAUUGUACCAUUUUUGUUAAUAAAAUUUAGGGCUUAAGAA